AUAAGCUGGAUAAAGUCUUGUGACGGAAAUAAAAUGAGCUUUUUUGUGCAGGGUUGUCAUGUAUUAAUUUUCCACUGAAAAUGUGAUAGUAAGAGAUGUGAAACGUGUUUGAUUUGCUUGCUUUCCUCAGAUGCUCCAGUGGUGGGACAGAAGAGCAAUGUGAUCCUGUGUUGGAGAGUGAAGCAAAGAAAAACACAGCAUGUGGCAUGAUCACAGACCCAACAGGAAUCUUCAAGGACUGUCACUCGAAGGUGCCUCCACAGAAUUUCUUUGAAAACUGUGUUUAUGACAUGUGUUUCACUGGGGGACAGGCAACCUCCUUAUGCUAUGGACUGCAGGCCUAUGCUGAGUCGUGUGCCAAUGCUGGGAUAUGCAUAGAAUGGAGGAAUACUACUCUUUGCCCAAUGUCCUGUCCUGGAGGCAGCAUUUACAAGAGCUGUGGUACUAGGUGUCCCUCUACCUGUUUGAACACCUCAGCAGCUGAUUCCUGCAGUUCUUUGCCAGUGGAAGGUUGCUUCUGUAAGGAAGGCUAUGUUUUGAGUGGAGACCAAUGUGUGCCAGAAAGCAACUGUGGUUGUGUUGAUGAAAAUAACCAGUAUCACCAGCUGAAUGAAAGCUGGUUCACCCGCUACCCCUGCACUGAACGCUGCACCUGCAAGGCGAAUAAGACCAUUGAGUGCAAACCCUGGGAGUGUGGCAGCCAAGAGGAGUGCAGUAUUCAGGAUGGUGUGCUGGGCUGUCAUUCCAAUGGUCAAGCAACAUGUCUAGUGGUAGGAGAUCCCCAUUAUUUCACUUUUGAUGGAAUGAAGUACACUUUUGUGGGAACCUGCACCUACACUUUGGUUGAGGUUGUCAACACUGCCACCAAUGUCGUUCCUAUAACUAUACUUGGCAAGAAUGAAGACAGGGGACUAAGAGGGGCCACUUACCUGAAAGAAGUCUACAUAGAUGUGUAUGGUGUACGAAUCACCCUUCAGAAAAACCAAGGAAUCCUGCUGAACAAUGAGAGAGUCUACACUCCAGUGCAGAACCGACUGCAAAGUGUGUCCAUUGAAAGUGUUGGCAGAUUUAUAGUAGUGGAAACUGGCUUUGGUGUGACAGUGAAAUUUGAUGGCAAUCACCAUCUGGAAAUCACCCUCCCACGCUCUUACUUCUCACAGGUGCAUGGCAUGUGUGGAAAUUUCAAUGGUAAUCAUGAAGAUGAUCUGUCCUUGACCAAUGGUACACUUGUCACUGCCCCACAGUUUGGAAACAGCUGGGAAGUGGAGACAGACAGUGAUAAGGGUUGUUUGCCAGACUUAAGAGAAGAUGAUGAACCUCCUUGUACUACUGAGAGUAAACAAGACAUUGAAAGACAGUGCAAUGUUCUAAAAUCAGACAAAUUCAAAGAAUGCCAUAGUCUGGUCAACCCUGAUGACUUCAUAGACAUCUGCAUCUAUGAUAUGUGCCGGUAUGAUGGAAUGAAGUCUGCUCUCUGCGACAUAGUUCAAGUCUAUGUGGACACCUGCAAGAGCCAUGGCAUCACCAUUAAAUGGAGGAAUAGCACAUUCUGCCCACUGCCCUGCCCACCCCGGAGCCACUACAAAGACUGUGUCUCUCCCUGCCCAUCAACAUGCAGUGACAUUUUUGCCUCUUCGCUUUGUGAGAAGACAGAAGAGUGCACUGAAGGCUGUGAAUGUGAUGAUAAUUAUGUGCUCAGCAAUGGCAACUGUGUGCCUCUCAGCAGCUGUGGCUGCAGGGAUGAUGACAACAAUUACUACACUGCUGGGGAGACAUGGCUAACUCCACACUGCACCCAAAGAUGCCAGUGCCAGAAGAACGGUGUCAUCAGCUGCAAGAGCUAUAGCUGUGAUUCUAGAGAAACCUGCAUGAUCAAAGAUGGAAAACACAAGUGCAAUCCAACAGGUUUUGGGAAAUGCCAGGUGAUGGGUGACCCACACUACAUCACCUUUGAUGGGCUGGUGCACCACUUCCAAGGGAAAUACACAUAUAUUCUGGCUCAGACCAUCCCUGACCUACCUGACACUCUGGCACAGUUCAGCAUUGAAGGCACGAACUCUCCUUUACGUGGAAGUCGGCGUAUUACUUACCUGAAAGAGAUGCUCAUCAAUGUUUACAACCACACAGUGCGAUUCAGGCAGAACAAGCAGAUUCUGUUGGAUGGUGUGAGGGUGUGGCCCCCUGUUCGACCCCAUGAAGGCAUUCGUAUAUAUCAGAGGACAACAAGAAUUUACCUGGAGACAGAUUUUGGCUUAUACCUGAGCUUUGAUGGCAAUCAAAAUGCAGACAUAAAGCUGGCUACCACCUACAGAAGCAGAGUGGAAGGCUUGUGUGGUGACUUUGAUGGGAGAUACAGAAAUGACUUCACAAAACCAGAUGGUGUUCGGGUGAGCAACGUGAAUACAUUUGGUGAAAGCUGGAAAGUCCCUCUGAAAAGAAGCUCUCGUGUCAGACGAGAUGUCAUCUCAGAUGAGUCUGAGGAGGAACCAGAUCCAGGGCUGUUCCAAGGUUGCAAUGAAAAUCAGCUGGAGCAGCAAAACACAACUACAAAGUGUCAAAUCCUGACUGACUUGAAUGGUCCUUUUGCCAAAUGUCAUUCUGCAGUCAAACCAGAUUUCUAUUUCACGAGCUGCCUGUUCGACAUGUGUGUGGAAGGAGAUGAGGCUGAUACCUUGUGCCGCAGUCUGGAGGAGUAUGUGCUGGCUUGUCAGCAGCAAGGAGUCAGCAUGGAUGGCUGGAGGCAACAGUCAGAGUGUGCUAUAUCAUGCCCUGCCAACAGCAAAUACAGCUCAUGCAUGUCUGCAUGCCCAGCGUCCUGCAACGACCUGACCAGCCCCUCUGAGUGUGAAUCACCCUGUGUUGAAGGCUGUGAAUGUCUCCCUGGUUAUGUUCUUAGUGGCUUUGACUGUGUGCCUUACAAACAGUGUGGCUGCACAUAUCUUAACAAAUACUAUGAGAUUGGAGAAAUAUUCACCACUGAUGACUGCUCUCAGAAAUGCCAGUGCACAGAAAGCUCCACUGUUUCCUGCUAUGAUGAAGUGUGUGGGUCGGUUGAAAUUUGUGGCAUUUCAAACUACAGUCGUGGAUGCUACAGGAGUGGCCCAUGUAUGCCAAACCCUUGUGCAAAUGAUGGCAUUUGCUCUGAAACUUCCAACAGCACCUCCCUCUACUUCUGUGAAUGUUCAGAACUCUACACAGGACCAACCUGUGAGGCUGAAAAAUUAGUUGAAGAGCCUGACACAGAGGGUUCGAACAACACAGUUGCCAUCGUCAUCGGAGUUGUGGCAGUUGUAGCUGUCAUUGCCAUUCUCAUCUCCUCCGCUGUGUGCCUGUUCAGAAGGAAGAGAAAGGUGGAUUCAGCUACAGUAUCAAGGGAUUCUUCUUUGAAAUGGUCCAGGGAUGAAUUGGAUGCCAGAGUACGUGAGCAGGAUUAUGGCUGCAUCAUGAAUAGUGCAUUUGAUCAAAAUGAAUCCCCAAAUACACACCUAUAAUUAACAAUAUUAUUCCUAUUCAUUUGUCAUACCUUUUGUGCUUGUAUUUUAAUUGUAUUUCUAAUACUUUGAGAAGAAUAAUAAUAAAUUUAUCAUUG